UCAUAUAGCGACAAUGACUCCUCAUGUAGUCCUCUUAGCAUGUGGUCUAUGGAUUAUAUCCGUCAUGGCCACAGAUCAUUGGAGAGUAGGACUAUAUGGCAGUAUACACUAUCAUCCCAAAGAGUUGACGGCCCAUGAAGUGAAACAUUUUGCCCAGCUAACAGAUGUAAAUCAUUUGCAGGAGGCAGUCCAAAGGAUUGCCAGAAAACGUAAUGUAAAUGGCAUCGGACACAAGUACAUAAGAAGAUAUAUCAAGCAAAGUUUAAAAAAAUUGGACUGGCUUGUGCAAGAGGAUACAUUUGUGACGGAUAAUCCUGGGGUGGGUAAAGUGAGAUUACAUAAUAUCGUUGCCAAGCUAACACCCUACGCCAAUCGUUAUUUAAUGCUGGGAUGUCAUUAUGAUGGAAACGGCUAUAAAAAGUCAACAGGUUCGGCCAUAUCAUGUGCCAUGCUCUUAAAUAUUGCCCAUGUGCUGCAGAAAGAAUUCAAAAAAAUUCAUCCAAGACCCUGGGAUAUUAGUUUAAUGUUGGUCUUUUUUGAUGGCAAAGAGGCCAUUGGAAGCCAGAAUAAUAUUCUACAAGGAUCUUAUCAUUUGGUCAGGCGAUGGGCCAGGAAUGGUUUCUUAGAUAACAUUGAUUUGUUUGUGCCAAUCGAUUUGCUUGUGACUGAUGAAGAUAUACAUUUCCCCCAUAUGAUACGUUCAACAGUCAUUUGGUAUUUACGUCUAAGACAAUUGGAGAAUUUACUUUAUCACAAGAGGACAAAGUAUUUUCAAGCUAUAACCGUGGACUUACCAGAAAGAAAUGAUCAUAUGCCUUUUCAUGCGGUUCACGUUCCAGUGUUGCCAUUAAUCACAAUACCAAAACCGCUAAGUAUGAGGAAAAUAUCUAAAAAGGUUGACUAUACGGCCAUUGAGCAGGUGUCCGUAGUUUUGCGAUUGUUUGUCCUUGAAUAUUUGCAAAUCAGCAGCAAACAAAAGUCAGGAGUGAACGAUGGACAAGUUGUUUUAUAUCCUUGUCUCAGUUUGAUUCUAACUCUACUGGCUGCUACUAGCCUCUGGCUUGCCUAAGCUAACUCAAAUUUCACUGAACUAAACCAUCUACCACCGGAGAGCUUCUCAUAUUCCAGCACAUCCCAGCACAUCCCAGGCCAGGGCAGGCGAACCACCAUCGUCAUCAUCAUCAUCACCAACACCGGAAAAAAAGGACCUCAGGCCACACCUCAGAUGAAAUUUAUGUGCACAAAAGUUAAUUAAACUUGAGCGUAUAAUAAAAGCAAAAAAGGCCGAGGGAAAUAAUAAUAAAACACAGAAAAGUGUACAUCGGCAUUAGCAUAUCGCCGACAGCA